UCAAACGCGGGCGACAUGUCGACGCGAUUACUUCUCGGAUUGCUCGCAGCGCUAGUCGUGGGGAGCGCAGCCGCCUCGACGGACAUCGAUUGGUGGGAGAACGCGGCGCUCUAUCAGAUCUAUCCGCGAUCCUUUCAGGACAGCGAUGGCGACGGCGUGGGCGAUUUGAAGGGCAUAACCCAGCGCUUGAGCUAUCUGAAGGAAAUCGGCAUUACGGCCACUUGGCUGUCGCCGAUAUUCAAGUCGCCCAUGUCCGAUUUCGGCUACGAUAUAUCGGACUUUAAGGAGGUCGACGAAAUCUUCGGCACCAUGGCCGACUUCGAUGCGAUGAUGGUGGAGGCCAAAGCACUGGGCCUGAAGAUCAUCUUGGACUUUGUGCCGAACCAUUCGAGCGAUGAAUGCGAAUGGUUUCAGAAGUCCGUCAAUCGCGAGGAUGGCUACGAUGAUUUCUAUGUGUGGCACGAUGGCAAGCUGAACGCCGAGACAGGAGAACGCGAGCCGCCCAGCAACUGGGUCAGUGUCUUUGGCGGUUCACAGUGGACGUGGCAUGAGACGCGCCAGCAGUACUUCCUGCAUCAGUUUCAGGUGAAGCAGCCCGACCUGAACUUCAGCAAUCCCAUGGUGCGAGAGCACAUGCUGGACGUGCUGGGCUUCUGGCUGGAUCGGGGCGUGGACGGCUUUCGCAUCGAUGCCGUGCCGCACAUCUUCGAGCACCGCAACGCCGAUGGCAGCUAUCGCGACGAGCCGCUGAGUGGCUGGAACAGUGAUCCGAAUAGCUACGACUACUUGGACCACAUCUACACCAAGGAUCAGCCGGAGACUGUGGAGCUAAUGUACGAGUGGCGCGACUAUCUGAUCAAGUACCAGCAGGAGCAUGGCGGCCCCACCCGAGUGCUGCUCGCCGAGGCCUACAGCCCGGUGGAGACCCUGAGCGCCUACUUUGGCAACGGCACGCGGCUGGGCACCCAGCUGCCCAUGAACUUCCAGCUGAUGUACCUGAGCGGCUACUCGACGGCCAGGGAUGUGGUGGGCUCCAUUGACUACUGGAUGCAGACGAUGUGGACGCAGCACCAGACAGCCAACUGGGUGGUGGGCAACCACGAUACGCAGCGCGUGGCGAAUCGCAUGGGCGCCCACAAAGUGGAUUUGCUGAAUGUAAUUGUGAACGCGCUGCCCGGCGCCUCGGUCACCUACUAUGGCGAGGAGAUUGGCAUGUCGAAUGUGGAGACGGAGUGCACGGAAGUCUCCUGCGAUGACCGCGACGGCGAACGCACACCCAUGCAAUGGGCGCCGGUUAGCAAUGCCGGCUUCUCCACAGGGCCCAGCACCUGGCUGCCAGUCAGUCCGUACUUUGAGCGUUUCAAUGUGCGAACCGAACGGGGCGUGGCACGUUCCUCGCUGCAAGUAUUCAAGGGACUGCAGCAGCUGAAGCAAAGCUCCGCCUUUAUGUCAUUCAAGAAGAAGAAUGGCUUCUCCUACGAGGCCCUCACGGAGCAGGUGCUGCAGAUUGUGCGCACCAACAAUCUUAAUGAGGAAUAUCGCAUUCUUGUCAACAUGGGCAACGGCAUGGAGAUUAUCGAUGGCCUCACAGACAAGGUCUUUGAGUAUAUGCUGGUUACUGCCUACUCGCGGCACAGACCUGGGGAGAUGAUUGACCUGAGCAAGAGAUUGCUGCUCAUGCCCUAUGAAGCAAUCGUACUACGCUGGCUGGCCUGAGUCAUCGAGAUCCGUUUCACUUAAUCAGUGCAUUCCACGAGGUUCAUAAAGAUUAACGUUAAAUCUAGAGCAGA